CUGGUAUAGAAAUAACAAUACUACUUCAUGAAAACUGCAUAAAUUUUCACGACGCUUUCGUUGUUGACACACUUCUUAUUAAUUUCACAAUUUAUUAAAAUAUGGCCGAUCACGCAUUUUCAAUCGUAAAAAUUACAGUAGUUCAAGACUCUUAAGAUUAGGUAACACCAGCAGUUUUUACAAAUGGCUGCUGCAGCUGAAUCAAACUUAUUGUGAUAGUCUGUUUUCGUUGUAAAAUAAUAAUUUAAUAAAUGUUAAUACUGUUGAAGUGUUUUAAAAUUCUAGUGUUACGUAAUAGUGUUUAAAUUUCGUUAUUCUAAGUGCCUAGUGGCUUUAAAAAUUAAAAUACAUGGAUGAUGAGCGCCACUGGUAUGAUGACGACAGACUGUAUCCUUCAGGAAGGGACAGCGAUGACAGUCCUAUACUCACACAGAGAUACGACAAAUCCCGUCGCAUCUCCCCCUACUCCUCGCCGAAGCACGAGCGCGGGCGCCGCUCGACCCUCACGGUCCUCGCCAAGUUCUUUCUCUUCUGCACCGCCAUGAUUCUCUUCUGCGUACUUCUGUAUAUACCUGUCUACAAUAGAGCCAACGACCAGGUGUCCAAAGGAACAGUGGCUGGUUGGUCAAUAGACACGAAUCGAGACACGAAAAUAUACGUACAACCGAAAAACACGACGACAAUACUAUCGCCGAAGGAGGUCUGUAGCAGGAACAAAGACAAAAUCUUCCUCCUCAUCGUAGUCUGCUCCGACACACGACACUUCAGCCAGAGGCUCGCCAUACGACAAACUUGGGGCAGCCACAAAAUAUACCCAAACUUAGCAAAUUUAUACUACGGAGUCAAAAAUAAAUAUAUAAAUUAUAAUUAUACCUACGACCUCUACGAAACUGAGGUCAAAAAUUCUAGUGUUAGGACAAAAAGGGACAUAUCUAGUUAUAAUAAGCUCCUACCAGAAUUAGCGCUGGCGUUAAAAGAUAAUCUGAUUGAAGAAAAGGCUUCUGAAGAAACUGAAAAACGGUUUGAAGAUGACGAUAAAGAUUUGUUGUUGCCAGACUUUGACAUGAAUCAGGAGCUGGUAGACCAAACCGAACCAACACCAGAUUAUUACGAAACAAAUAAUGUUAUGGUAAUACCGCCCAAGGGAGAGGGCAACCCCGAUUUAGAGAAAGUCCUAGAAAAAUUAAAAUUAGAUAAGAAUUUUAAGAAUAUGCAAGAGAAAUUGUCAACUGGCAACACUGAACCAGAGUAUAAAGUUGUUUUUCUUUUGGGGUUGCCAACUAAUGAUAAUAAUUCGGUGGUACAGAGGAAAAUUUUGGCCGAGUCUGAAAAGUAUGGAGAUAUUAUUCAAGAGGACUUCAUUGAUUCUUAUAAUAAUUUGACAUUAAAAUCUAUUAUGAUGUUGAAAUGGAUCACGAAUAGCUGUAACGAAAGUGUAAGAUAUAUAUUAAAAACCGAUGAUGAUAUGUAUAUCAAUGUGCCAAAUUUGAUGGAAAACCUGAAGAAUAGAUCCAAACAGUUUGACGAGAACUUUAGCAGGAGCGGAACGAAGGAAUACCUGCUGAUAGGCGACCUUAUAUGUGGAGCGAGACCAGUGUUGGACUCACAUAAUAAGUGGUACUCGCCGCGCUACAUGUUCUCUGGGCGCGUGUACCCGCGCUACCUGUCGGGCACGGGCUACGCGCUGUCGGCGGCGGCGGCGCGCGCGCUGUACUCCGCCGCGCUCAGGACCAACUACUUCCAUCUCGAGGACAUCUUCAUAACCGGCAUGUGCGCGGGUCGAGCCCGGCCCCGCAUCGUCCCGCGCGACGACCCGUCGUUCUCGUACCAGUCGGGGCGCGCGGGGCGGGCCUGCGCCGCCCACGCGCGGGCCACCGAGCACAGGGUCACGCCCGCCCUCAUGCGCGCCAUCCGGGACCAGCUGCUCAAGCCAGACAUGGUCGAUGUAUGCGAAAGACUGCGAUUAACACAGAUUAAAGAACAACAGCGUAGAUUAUACGUGUUAUAUAAGUUUCUACGGUUGCUUGUGUCGCCAGAUUGUACGUAGACGACCCGGUUAUCCGGGUCAGCAAGUAUACCCGGGUCCGGUAUAACUGGGUACAAGGGUUGUGUUAGAGAGUUAAUAUAUUACAAGUCAGAUGUCAUCGUGAUGAUCAAACGAGUUUGAGUCAAAUAUUUCUCGUUUUAAAACCAGUGUAAAGGCCCAUCUAACUACGCAAUCCAGUGCGAAAUAACCCAAAAAUACUUUUUUUUAUUAAACACGCGGAAGUUUGGCCGCGUUUGAGUCAAAAAUCGUCAGAGUUUGAGUCAAACACGUUUGACCAUCUCGCAGGCCUUUAGUGAGUGUUCACUGCGCAUGCGUCGUAGGUUGUGUUCUGACGCGACGAGUCAUUUGGAGCUCAACCGUCGCAGAGUAAGGACGUGCAGUGAACAAGUACCUAUAAAAUAUGUGCGAAUAUAUUCUAAUAUAUUAAUCCCAUGACCUUUUAUAAUAGAAUCAAUUUUAUUUAAAACUACUGUGAUUCGAUUUUUAUUGUAUUUAAUACUAUUUUUGUAGUUUUAACGAACGAUCGUAACGAACAAUUUUAUUUUUGUUUGAUAGCCGAAUUUAAGUCUUAUUUCUAUACUGACUAGCUAUUAAAUAACUUGUCAUAUUUUUUCAGUAUUUUAAUUUCAAAAUGAUGAUUUUAUUCAACUCUAAGCAUAGAAAAAGACUUAGAUUUAAGGCGCAAAUGUAUUAUUUGUAUCUAGACAAAUUAUUUAUCUUAUUAUUUUGAGAUUUUACAAAUAUAUGUGCAUUAUAAUAUAAAAAAGUAACAUUCAAGAAAGAUUUUUUAGCUAUACAACUAUAUUGAAAUGCUUAUAUUUUUAAAAUCACAUGAAAUCUUCAUUUGGCCGCCUCAUUGCCAAUUGUAUGCUCAAUAACUGCUCAUAUUCUGCCAUUAAGAAAUAAUAUCACCACAUCAUUCUUACAUAACACUCAGCAUUAACAAGCAACUAUAAAAACUAGUAAAAAACCUCAUUCAAAUCAUACAAAAGUGUAUGUGUGAGAUAUUUUAACAUAAGUCCAGGUGUUCUUAUACAAUAUGUAAUGCAAUUGCCCGGGAUAUUAAAUAAGACUUGUGUAGUACUCUCUCUCAACUCUCGCUGGGACAGAACCCGCACCACGUCGCGUGCAGUAGUUAGUAUUCACAUUUGAACCACUUCUCAUACCUGUAGCUAGAUUUAAUCAUAAUUUUCAACAUUCAUAUCAUGUGGGUUAUUUAAAAUGCCUUAUUCAUAACAUUUUUAUGCCGUACUCUAGCUAGCAUUAUAAUAAAACCCGGUCAAGUGUGAUUAAAACUCAGGGUUCCGUAGGUACAUGUUAGUCACCCAUCAAAUAUACGACCGCACCAACCGCUGUCAAAAAAUGUUUUUUUAUUAGUUGUUAUGGCAAUAGAAACUUCAACUUCAACAGUUUCUAGCUACACUAGCUAUCAUGUUUUAUAAUAUACGGACGGCGGACAGUUUCGUUUAACCUUGCACUAAGGAACUCUAAAAAAGCAAUGCCGUAACAAAGAUUCUUGGAUGUUGCUGUCGAAAUUAUGCCUUAUAAA